UACUCUAGUUUAAAAUUUAGAAGUUUACUACUUUAUUCUAAUAUUAAAUAUCGUCUCCAAAUGGUAGACAAAAUACGUUAUUGGUAAUCCUAAACGAUUGUUCAAUGUAUGUGGACAGUUAAACAGUAUUAAUGGAAGUGACAUCACAUUAUAGACUUAUAUGGGAAUAAUAAUCAACAGCAAUGACGUUGACGAUCUGUCAGACGUGCAGCCGACGUGAGUGUCAGUGACACAAUGUCUCCGGCGAAUCUUACCCUCACGUUCCUGGAACCCGACAACUCGUCCGUGGGACUCGACUGGGAGAAUUUCCCGCUUUUGGAUCUCAACUACUCUUUUUCCCCAAACGCUUCCAACUCCACUGUUACUCCUCACGCCGCUCGCAACUACUUUGCCCUCCUCUUGCUCGUCUUUCCGUUCCUCACCCUCUUCGGGAAUGUCCUGGUCAUCCUUGCGGUGUUCCGGGAGAGGUCCUUGCAGACUGCUACCAACUACUACAUCAUCAGUCUCGCACUUGCCGAUCUUCUUGUUGCCGUCGUCGUCAUGCCUUUCGCCGUUUAUUUUCAGGUGAAUGGCGAAUGGGGUCUUCCUGCUUUUGCCUGUGAUUUCUACAUUGCGAUGGACGUCACUUGUAGCACAUCUUCAAUUUUCAACCUUGUGGCCAUAAGCAUAGACAGGUACAUAGCGGUCACACAACCCAUAAAGUACGCCAAGCAGAAGAACAACAGCAGAGCGUGGUUGUUGAUCGUGUUAGUGUGGGUGGUCAGUAUAGCCAUCGGAAGCCCCAUCGUCCUGGGUCUAAACUACACACCGAACAGGAUCCCAGGACUUUGUAUCUUCUACAAUACAGACUUCAUCAUCUACUCAUCUUUAUCAUCCUUCUACAUUCCCUGUGUGGUCAUGGUCUAUCUGUACUAUAGUAUUUUUAAGGCUUUACGAAAUAGAGCGAAAAAACAAAAGGCUGCUCGAAAACCCCCAGUUGACAUGAAGCCUGGAAUCGUGAUAGAAAACGUAGCCCAGACACGAAGACUGGCAGAAACAUCGAUGGUAGCGUCGGCUUUGGUACCCACUACCAGUAUAGACGACGGACCCACCAAUACGGGCAGUGGUAGUCAGGAUGAGGACGACGAGGGCGAGCGGUCACCAGGCUCAGAAGAUUGUCACGUGAUUCCCAACGACAAGUCUACAGAGUUCAUUUUGGCCACAGUCAUAGAGGAGACUGCGGCGGUUGGCGCAUUGACUGCCAAACCUCUAGAUGAGAAAGGUAACAACGACUCGGGGUACGCAGCCUCUCAGCUGGAAGAUAUUGCUGUUCCUGGGAGUCCUCCGACAAGUCCACACCAUGUGGGGGCUGCCGCUGACACUAGUAAAAGUCAGAUUGCAACAGUGUCAUCUGCUGCUGUGACGUCAUCAGCACCCAGACGAAACGAACCAACCCCAGCACCGGAGAGUGGUCCUCCCUCAUCGUCAACCAAACGGACAUUAUCUGCUAGUAUAAGGACGUCCUCGGAGGACGAGGGUUCGGGGUCCAAGAAGGAACGAAAGGCUACAGCUGGUUCCAGGUUUACUAUAUACAAAGUGAACAAGGCCAGCCGUAAAAAGCGGGAAAAGUCUUCCGCAAAGAAGGAACGGAAAGCAACGAAAACAUUAGCUAUAGUUUUAGGUGUGUUUUUGUUCUGCUGGGUGCCAUUUUUCACCUGCAACGUGAUGGAUGCUGUCUGUACCAAGCUGGAAGCGUCUUGUACACCUUCCCUGACUGCCUUCCUCAUCACCACCUGGCUAGGCUACAUGAACAGUUUCGUCAAUCCUGUGAUAUACACAAUCUUCAACCCAGAAUUCCGCAAAGCCUUCAAAAAAAUAAUGAUGAUAGGCACGUGAUCUUCACUUGAGAAUACACUGAUUGUAAAACUCUGCAAGAAAUACAGAUUUGUAUUGCACUUGUAGGUUCGCUAAGGUAAUAUUUCUAGGACGUUUUAUUGAAAUGUAUAAAUACCGAAAUGUAUUUUUUAUUUCAGGUUUCAAAGAAUACACAUUAAAUGAAAAAGAAAGUUGUAUACAUUAAUUUGUAUAGAUUAUAAAAAUACAACUACUCUUGAAUGGUGACUUAUUCUAAAACAUAAUGCUGCUUUUCAUAGGUAUAUAAAAUUCAAACUUUUGGGAAUUAAACACUAUUUUUUAGAUUUGUUUCUAUUUACUAACUGAAACGAAAAAGGGCUCGAUUUCUGUAUUUUAUCAACUACCCAACAAUAAACAAUGUGUAAUGCUUCAGUUUGUUAUAAUUUAUAUCGAAUGGAUGGAAUAGCUAUAUGAUUGGUGUGCCCCCAAUGAUUGGUGUUAUGAUUUCUUAGACCAAAUUUUAGUUAAACAAAAAGAAAAAUUUAAUAACAAAUUAUAUUUGCAUGUUUCUUUUUCAAAUAUCACCAUGGUCAUGUG